AAUGGCUGGCGGUGGUAUCGCACCUGCACUUCCCGGCGGCGGGAAGGUGUAUCCGGGAAAUCUGACGCCGUACGCUUUGGUGACGUGCGUUGUUGCGGCCAUGGGAGGGCUUACUUUCGGCUACGAUGUUGGGAUUUCAGGUGGUGUGACGUCGAUGGAUUCGUUCCUGAUGCGUUUUUUCCCGUUGGCGUACGAAGAGCAGAAAGUGAAUUUGAGAACGAAACUGAACCAGUACUGUAAACUGGACACCGUUGCGAUGUCGCUGUUCACGGCGUCGUUGUUCGCGGCGAUGGCGUCGUCGAUUGGUGCGGCGACGGUGACCAGAAAAUUCGGAAGGAAAAUGUCGAUGCUGGUCGGAGGCAUCCUGUUCUGCGCCGGAUCCUUGAUCAAUGGCUUCGCGCAGAACAUCCCCAUGCUCAUUUCCGGUCGGUUUCUACUGGGAUUUGGAAUGGGAUUUUCCAAUCAGGCUACGCCUCUAUACCUUUCAGAAAUGGCUCCCUACAAAUACAGAGGAGCCUUCAACAUCGGAUUCCAGAUGUCUAUCACCCUCGGCAUUCUGGCGGCCACCGUAAUCAACUACAUCUUCGCCAAAUUCGACGGCGGCUUCGGGUGGCGGCUGUGCCUCGGCGGCGGCGCCGUCCCCGCCGCAAUCAUCGUCAUCGGCUCACUCCUCCUGCCGGAGACGCCUAAUUCCCUAAUCGAGCGCGGCAAGCGCGAAGACGCUCUCGCGAAUCUUGUCCGAAUCCGCGGCGUACGCGACGUCGGCGUAGAAUUCCACGACCUCGUCGCCGCGGGCGAGGCGUCGCAGAGAGUCGAGCAUCCAUGGCGCAAUUUCUUUGGGCAGAGAAAGUACCGACCUCAUCUGACGAUGUCCGUAUUGAUCCCCUUCUUCCAGCAGCUGACCGGAGUGAACAUAAUAAUUUUCUUCGCGCCGGCGCUGUUCAGAACCCUAGGCUUCGCCAGCGAAGCUUCUCUGAUGUCGUCGGUGGACGUCGGAAUCGUGAUCGUCGUCGCCACUUUGGUCUCCAUCUACGGCGUCGAUAAAUGGGGCCGGCGCUUCCUCUUGCUCGAAGGCGGCUCGCAGAUGUUCCUCUGCCAGAUUGUAGUGGCGAUUUUCUUCGCCGUCAAGUACAGGGUCACCGGAGCCCCCACCGUGUUCGAUAAAUGCUUCGCGUCGGCGGUGGUGCUGUUCAUCUGCAUCUACGUGGCGGGCUUUUCGUGGUCGUGGGGCCCGCUCGGGUGGCUGGUGCCGAGCGAAAUAUUUCCGUUGGAAAUCCGGCCGGCGGCACAGAGCAUAAACACGGUGGUGAACAUGACGUUCACGUUUCUGGUGGCGCAAGUGUUCAUGCCGAUGCUGUGCCGCAUGAAGUACGGGCUGUUUUUGGUCUUCGCAUCCUUCGUGGCGACGAUGUCGGUGUUUGUGUAUUUCUUCCUGCCGGAGACGAAGAAUAUUCCGAUCGAGGAGAUGAUGUACGUUUGGAGGAAUCACUGGUUCUGGUCCAGAUACGUUACCGAUGAUGAUCUUCCUACAAAUGGGGAUAGUAUUUAUAUGUAUCGUAUAUGAAUGAUUAAAUUUUAUGGAUUCCAGAAUAAGGGUGUUUUUUCAUGAGA